AUGAACAAAGAAAUUUCUACUUCAAGCAGCACCAGUACACAAGCCACCGUGGUCAUGCAACCAGCCAACAUCCAGCCGCCAACACCGCUAAGUUUCGAAGGAAACUUGGCCGAAAACUGGAAACACUUUCUCCAGGUAUGGCAAAAUUAUUCGAUCAUCACGUCCCUCGAUAAGCAGCCAGAAGCGUAUAGAGUAGCCCUUUUUCUACAUUGCAUUGGCCAGGACGCGAUAAAAAUAUACAACGGUUUCUCAUUUCAAGACGCGGACGACAAAACGAAACUCGAUAAGAUACUAGAACAGUUCCAACAAUACGCAAUAGGGCAAGUCAACGAAACGUUCGAGCGGUUUAGAUUCAACAGCAGAAACCAAGGAGAAGCAGAGAGCAUAGAUGCGUAUGUCAUCGAUCUAAAAAACAUGGCAAAAACAUGUAAUUUCGGUGCGUUGCAUGACUCGCUUAUCAGAGAUAGAAUCGUCUUUGGCAUUUGGUGCAAGAAAACUAGACAAAAACUACUCCAGGAGCGCCAGCUUACACUAGAAAAAUGCAUCGAUAUCUGCCGCAGCUCAGAGACGGCAAACACUCGAAUGAAAGCCAUUGCAUCGGGCCAUAGCGAAGAAGUAAAACGUGUACAAUCUGCCAAACAUAGUCAGAAGCACACAUACGAGCGGAAACAAAGGAAUGAUUGGAAUGCCAGAUCAAAAAAUUCAAAGAGAGCAUGUAUAUAUUGCGGAAAACAACACGAAAGAUCGAGAGAAUGCUGUCCAGCAUGGAGCAAGCAGUGCCAGAACUGUGGGAUCAAGAACCACUUUGCUAUCGUAUGCCGACAGAAACAAAACACAAACAGUGUGCAAGAUCAAACCGAUUCUGAAGACGAAGAAUUCGUCACAAGCAUCUACAUGGAAGAAGAACUCGUAGCUCAGAUUUCAGAACCGAUGUACGCCAAGGAGAUAUACGCAGAGAUGCUGAUUGACGGAGAAAAAAUACAGUUCCAAAUAGACUGUGGAGCAUCGGUAAACAUUUUGCCCAGAAAAUACGUGCGCAGUCAAGAAAUUCGCCCCACCAACAAAACGUUGAAGAUGUGGAAUGGUACCCAAGUUCGACCUAUAGGGAUAACGCGAGCUUCUCUACGAAACCCCAAGAAUCGGAAAAGGUAUUCAGUUGAGUUCAUUGUGGUUGACGAGGGAUUUACCCCUCUUCUCGGGGCUAGAGCGAUCCAGCAGAUGAAGAUCAUCACAGUAAAUCACGAGCAUUUCAAUACAACAGCGGCUCCUAUCAGAGACAAUCAAAAGAUCAGUCAGGUGAACACUGCAGAAGCCAUCGUUAAAGAGUACAGCGACGUUUUCAACCGCAAAUUGGGAACUCUACCUGGUUUAGUCCAUCUAACAACCAAAGAUGACGCCACCCCUGUCAUAACCCCCACCCGCAGAGUACCGGCAACACUUAAAGAGAAGCUGAGAGAUGAACUAGACAAGUAUGUGAACCUAGGAGUCCUAGCCCCAGUGGAAGAGCCAACCCCUUGGGUAAGCGCCCUUGCUCUAGCGACAAAGAAGUCAGGGGCACUGAGGGUAUGCAUCGAUCCGCGACCGUUGAACAACGUGCUUCAGCGCGAGACCUAUCAGCUCCCUGUCUUGGAUGAUGUCCUGCCGGAACUGUCACGUGCCAGAGUAUUCUCAACAGCAGAUUUAAGGUCGGGAUACUGGCAUUGCGUACUAGACGAYGAAUCAAGCCAACUAACAACAUUCUCCACACCUUUUGGCCGGUACCGUUGGCUGAGGCUCCCAUUUGGAUUAUCAGCAUCCUCAGAGAUAUUCCAGAAACGCGUAAACCAAGCACUAGAGGGCCUGAGCGGCAUCCUCGACAUCGUAGAUGACAUCCUAAUAUACGGAGUGGGCAAAGAUGAAAAGGAAGCCAAUGAAAACCACGACAAAAACCUGAGAGCCCUACUACAGAGAUGUAGAGAUAAAGGCAUUGCACUAAAUCCAGAAAAACUCAAGCUCCGACGAAAAGAGGUUUCGUUCAUGGGACACACCUUCACCAGCGAGGGACUCAARGUAGACCCAGGGAAAGCCAAAGCCAUCAAAGAGAUGAAGCCCCCCACCGACGUCGAAGGAAUACAACGUCUUAAUGGGUUCGUGAAUUACCUUUCCAGAUUCUUGCCACAGCUGGCUGACGUCAUGGAGCCCAUACGACGGCUAACGCGSAAAGAAGCCGAGUGGCAGUGGGGCAAGGAGCAGGAAGACGCAUUCACUCAAGUAAAAGAGCUAGURUCUCAAGCACCCAUACUAGGUUACUACGACCCCACACUACCCUUAAGCAUACAAUGCGACGCAAGCCAAAAGGGACUGGGAGCAGCACUCUUGCAGAAYGGAAGACCAAUAGCGUACGCGAGCAGAGCCCUCACGACCACAGAGCAGAGGUACGCCCAGAUAGAAAAGGAAAUGCUAGCAAUAGUAUUUUCCCUCGAGAAGUUCAACCAGUACACCUUYGGUCGACCAGUAAUCGUUUACAGUGACCAUAAGCCACUGGAAUCUAUCUGGAAAAAACCACUAGCAGCAGCCCCAAGGCGGCUCCAAGGGAUGAUGAUGCGCCUACAGAAGUACACCGUCACCUUGAUAUACGAGCGAGGAAAAAACAUGUACAUAGCUGACAUGCUGUCAAGAGCACCCCUCAGUACCGAAGGCAGRCUGGAAGACCGAGAGUUCGAGCACGUCAAUAUGGCCAGCUAUCUGCCAAUAGCGGAAGACAGAUUGGCAGAAAUCAGGAAGGAAACGCAAGAAGAUCCUGCAUUACAGAAGCUGAAAACGGUCAUCAUGCAAGGGUGGCCGGACAACAAGGAGGGUUUGCCUAUCGAGGUACGUCCUUUCUUCAAUACGCGCGAUGAGUUCACAGUUCAAGACGGCCUCAUAUUCCGAGGACAGCGUGUUGUCAUCCCAGUAAAGCUCCGUCAAAUGAUAAAGACAAAACUUCACGCAUCACCUAUGGGAAUUGAGGCAUGCCUUCGCAGGGCAAGAGAAUGCGUCUACUGGCCGGGGUUCUCAGCGGAAAUCAAGCAGAUGAUUGAAUCGUGCRAGACAUGCAGAAUGUUCGAAACAAGCCAGCAGAGGGAACCGCUGAUGUCCCAUGAGGUGGCCACACGACCCUGGGAGAAAGUAGGGSUUGACCUGUUUGAGAUCAAAGGUCGGGAGUACUUGAUAAGAGUAGACUAUUUUAGCAAUUUCUGGGAAGUUGACAGUCUACCAAGCGACAURAAGUCCAAGACAAUCAUCACAAAGCUCAAAGGUCAUUUCGCUAGGUAUGGGAUACCUGACCAGGUCGUCACAGAUAACGGCCCUCAAUUUGCUUCAAGGGAGUUCAGACAAUUUGCGAACUCGUAUGAGUUUGAACACACCCCCACAAGUCCAUACAAUAGCCGAGCAAAUGGAAAAGCAGAGUCGGCGGUCAAAACAGCCAAGAGACUCAUAGAAAAGACGACCAAAGCAGGCACUGACACGUUCUUAGCCAUCCUUGACCACAGAAACACGCCGACGCAAGGCAUGGAAUCAAGCCCAGCUCAACGGCUCAUGAGCAGACGCACAAAGACGCUGCUUCAAACCACGCAGGAGAUGUUAAAACCCCGCACCACAGUCCCUGAGAAGGAAGUCACAUCAAUGAUUAGGCGGCAAGAGAGGCAGGCCCAAUACUACAACAGGUCAACAAAGGAGCUAGAGCCUCUCGAAGAAGGKGAUGUAGUCAGGAUGAAACCACUUAUAGCWGGUGGCAAGGUAUGGAAAAAAGCCAUGGUCAAAGCCAGGCUGGAUCAACGGUCUUACACGGUGGAAACGGAAGAUGGAGCAGAGUACCGCAGGAACAGGGAACAAAUAAAGAAGACCAAAGAACCAGCACAGUUACCAGAGACGCCAAAGACGACGACACUUCCAGCAGUGCCAGAGUURCCAGUGACACCGAGCAAGCCAGAGUUACCAGGAACACCACGCGCACAAGAAACACCUGACAUUGGAGUCCCCGACGCCACGCCAGUACGGCCACGUCGAGCGGCGAAGCCCCCAGCAUGGAUGAAGGACUUUGUGAGCAAAUAG